AUGGCAUCCGCUCCGAGUUGCAAAAGUGUGGCCCCGUUGCGGCAAAGUGAUUUCAGUAUCGAGCACAUCCUAACGCGUGCCGGCGAGCGAUAUGAGAAGCGUCGUCGAAUCGAUCAGUGCAGUAGCUGCUGUACCAGUAGCCCCGGUAGUGACGGAUCCGGAAGUGAAACUACCGACGGUGAAUCUCGGUUACGUGCUGAAGUGGACGUAGAGGGGGACGAAGAGCUAGAGGAGGAAAUUGAAAUAACUCACUCAAGAACGGAAGCACCGGCGAUCAGCCGCAGUUAUCUGCCGUCGGGCUCAGCAUCCGGAUGUGGAACUGGUGGAGUUCCAUCGUUCGAUUGGCUGUACUACACACGCUACCAUCCUCCGAAGCUUCCGCGUCCGCAGAAGGUAGGACCGGUCAAGCGUACACCAGGCCGGUUACCACGCGUUCCAUUUACACCGGCCCAACUGGGUGCCCUGGAGGACGCGUACAAAGUUUCGACGUACCUUAGCUCGGAAGAAGCUAACCAGCUUGCGUACAGCCUCGAGUUGACGAAUACGCGGGUGAAGAUUUGGUUUCAAAAUCGACGGGCACGGGAUCGUCGCGAAAAACGGGAAGCUUCGAUUGCCAACGGAAACGCGGUUCCGGCUGGACCGAUACCGCUUUACGCUGGCGGCGCCGGACCAACGGCGAUCACGUCCAGUUCUCCGCACGCUCAGGAAUACCGAAGCCAUCCCUCGUCGCCAUCCAGUGUCGAAUGUCCUACCGAACGGCACAGUAAAAGUCCUGCGAGUAUAGAUCGAAGUUAUUGAUGAAUCCAUCGGAUGUGAAGAGUGGAGUUUAGGAUGGUGCGAUCAUUUUGUGAUACGGUAACCGACGCGUUACCAUGCUUAACGCUUUUGAUAGGCAGAGAGAGAGACUGUUUAACUAUAUUAAGCUAUCGACUUAAGUC